AUGAGAAGGUCAUCUACUGGACAAAACUUGUCCAUAAUUACUGACAGAAAUUCUGGAAGAAGAAGAUCACUUUAUGAUGACAGAUUACUUGAAGAUAGUAAUGAUGAAAUUGACCGAUUAAAACUGAAGGUUAGGAAAGGGAAGGUCAAUUCUCAAGAAAGUGAGUUAUUACCUAUUGAGACCAUUAAAAGUAAAAUCGACGAUCUUGACAGAAAUCAUCAACGUACAAGAUUACGUAAAAAGAAGACCCACGACAAAGAUAAGGAAAAGAAAGACAUUCAACCUGAAUCAGAAGAACCGGAGUAUCGUUCACAUUUUGGUGAUAUUAAAUUCUUAGAGACCAGUACAUCAAUCUUUGAUCUGAGUCAGUUCAAGGAAUCCCAAUUCUUUGGUAUUUAUAUCUUAUUCUGGUUAGGUACGGCUUUUUUAAUAGCUAACAAUAUUAUGCAUGCUUAUUUGAGUAACGGUAAAUUAUUUUGGCAAUUCGAAAUCGUUGGAAUCUUGACAAGAGAUAUCUUCAAAGUAGCUUUGACUGAUUUAAUCAUGUACUUGACCACAUAUUUUGCUUUUGGUUUACAGAAAAUGUGUGCUUAUGGAUAUAUCAAUUGGCAAUCAACAGGAUGGUUAUUACAAGCCUCAUAUGAUUUCUUCUACCUUUUGUUCUGGACUUUCUUUGCUUCACCCCAUUUCUAUGGGUUCCCUUGGAUUGCUAGGGUAUUCUUAUUAUUACAUUCUUUGGUGUUCUUAAUGAAAAUGCAUAGUUACGGAUUUUAUAAUGGAUAUUUAUGGAGAAUCACUGAAGAAUUAGAAUUCAGUGAAAAGUAUUUAAAAAGAUGUGAAGAUGGAGACGAAAGUUUAUCUGAGCCUGAUAAAACUAAAAUCCGUGAAACUUUAGUAGCUUCGAUUAAUUUCUGUAAAUUCGAGUUAGAACAACAAUCCAAAACUAAUUUUCAUUGCAAAGACCCAAACGUUCUUGCUGAAACUCCACCAGUUAAUUUCCCUGAAAACAUAACUUUAUUUAAUUGGUACGAGUUCACUAUGUUCCCUACUUUGGUUUAUACUUUGAACUUUCCAAGAACCAAACAGAUCAGAUGGAAAUUUGUAGGAGAGAAAGUAUUGGCUGUUUUUGGUAUUUUCGUGUUAAUGAUUAUCAUAGCUCAAAAUGGUAUGUAUCCGUUGGUUAUGGUAGCUAAACAAUCCAAAAAGUUACCCAUGAUCACCAAAAUUCAAACCUACUUAUUAGUGUUGAUGGAUAUGAUUCCCCACUUCUUAUUGCAGUAUUUAUUCACAUUCUUCAUUAUUUGGGAAUUCAUAUUGAAUACCAUUGCAGAGUUGAGCAGAUUCGCUGACCGAGAUUUCUAUGGUCCUUGGUGGUCUUGUACAGAUUGGGGAGAAUUUGCCAGAAUUUGGAACAGACCUGUUCACAAGUUCUUAUUACGUCACGUUUACCAUUCAUCAAUUUCUACUAUCAGAUUAUCUAAAAUACAAGCAUCAUUAUUCACCUUUGUUUUAUCAUCAUUAGUCCAUGAGUUGGUGAUGUUUUGUAUUUUCAGAACGUUUAGAGGGUACUUGUUGUUAUUCCAAUUAAGUCAAAUCCCUUUGAUGAUGAUAAGUAACACCAGAUUUAUGAGGGAUAAGAAGGUUUUGGGAAACUGUAUUUGUUGGAUAGGUUUCAUUCUGGGUCCUUCAAUUAUAUGUACUCUUUAUUUGUUUUUCUAG